GUUAAAAUACAUAUGUAUCUAUCGACAUGUAGAUCUUGAUGUAGUAGGGGUGCCAUAUGAAUCGUCACCAUUCACUUUCGUUGCAUGAAACUGAUGAAAAUUAAAUUGAAUGUUGAGUUUUGUGAGUUUUUAGUCAAACAGUUUAGUCAAACAACUCAUUCUGUGAUUCGUGGAAGAAAUUACGUUAUACUUUCGAACAACAAGUUAAAAAUAUAGAAUAUAAAUUUCUGGUUGAAAUAUCCGUUUUUGUUUCUUUUUCCAAUUAACUGUCCUCAUUCCUCUAUGUUUCUUUGUUGUAAUUUUUAUAUAAUCACUCUCUACUGAAAGCACCAAGCAUGGUAUAAUUCAAAAAAACACUUUCAUUUAGUAGGAAAUGGGACAAGUUUCGUUUUGGCUGAAAUCAGCGUGUUUAUGACAGUGUGUUCUUCAGUCAGCUGGAGAUCCGUCAGUCAACAUGUUGUGCUACUGGGGAGCGCCGGUCAGAGAGGGCUUCGGUCUGUUAAAGCCUGACAAAGUCAAACAUGGCAAUAAUGAUAUACGAUCCAUGUGUCCGAAAUCAGCUGAGGACAUGUCAGCUGGAAGGAGUUUUGUUGGAUUUAUCCGGAAUGGGAAAGUCUCGGUUCUGCGAUUGCGCGGGGAAAACUAUGAUCACGAUGGAAAACUAGAGCAACUACAGCUGAAGAAUAACAUAAUCAGAUCGAUUGUCUGUGGAGGAGCUGGUGCGGUUCUUCUUGCUGAUGCAGGAAGAGUUCUCGUUAUGGACAAAUCUACUGUGUGCAGGCAUCUCAAAGGUCUGGAAAACAGGCAGGUGAUUCAGAUCACAUGUGGAGACCAGCAUUCAAUGGCACUAACCAAGGAUGGUCAGUUGUUCGUAUGGGGAGAAAACUCUCACGGUCAGCUGGGUUUGAGGAAAGAACAUCCUGGAUCUCCGUCAGCUCAACAGGUGAAGAGUCUGUGUGGGAUCCCACUGGCUCAGAUCAGCGCUGGAGGAGACCACAGCUUUGUGUUGUCUCUCUCUGGAGUCGUGUUCGGAUGGGGAAAGAACUCGGCUGGACAGCUGGGCCUCGGAGACACUACAGACAGACACGUCCCAACGGUUGUAAAUAGUCUGAACCGAAAGAAAACUGUGUCCAUCUCAUGUGGAGGAGAACACACUGCCACUCUAUCAAAGGGCGGCACAGUAUUCACUUUUGGAUCCGGAGGUUUUGGUCAGCUUGGGCACAACUCGUUUAAAGAUGAACAUCAUCCGCGGGUGGUUGCUGAACUGUGGGGAUCUAAAGUGUCACAGGUCACAUGUGGGAGACGUCACACACUCGUAUCAGUCUCAUCGUCAAAACUGAUCUACUCAUUUGGAUGUGGGAUGCAAGGGCAGCUGGGAAAUGGAGAAAUGAUCAAGCAGUCUGUGCCUUUACCAGUGGAUCUGUCAAAUGAAUGUGAUCAUGAAUAUAUGAUUGAAAAACUCAUCGCUGGGGAGAAUCAUUCAUUUGCCUUGUUUUUCAAAGAGCUUGAAAGUAAGCCAAAAUCCACUCUCAGAGGGGUUUUGACAUUAAAUGACAGAAUGAUUGACCGAUGGGUGUCUGAAAGUGAUUCAUGGGCAACAAUAAAGAACGAAAUAUACGCAGUGUUCUCCUCUGCUGCCUCUCUGAAUGGAAGUUUUCUCAAAACAAGUUGUGAUGAACAUUAUCAGACGUCUGUGGAGAAUUGUGGGUUGGAUUUUGAUCUGGUUAAAACAUCCUUUGCAAAGUUAUCAGAGAAUGAAAGGUUGAUCUCAGAGGUGAUGAAAGUGGUUCACAAUACACUGCUGCCAUAUCUGAAUUCAAAUCCAACUGGUGUUGAAGCUCUGAGACUUUACCUUCUCCUCCCUGAGCUCAUCAGAGGACUUCAGAAAAAAAAAAGAACUGAACUCACUGGAGCACUGGCCUCCAAAAUCCUUCAGUUGAAACCUGCUGCUCGCAAGAUGUUAGAGAUGUACUGGUCCAAACUCCCUGAUGAUUGGCUCAAAGGCUUAGUGAAGUUAUUUCACAAAGAAUCUGCUGAACUGAUUGGCCAGAUUUCUUGUGGUAAAACUGGCUAUAUCUUAAAUAGACGCCUGAAGAACUUUUUGCAGAUCCUUCAGAUGCUCUAUGAGGUCUGUUGCAGUAUCCACAAUGACAUUACAAACAGUGAUUUCAUCAUUCAUGAGGUCAAUGAUCUCAUAGUUACGCUGCAAGUAACCUUGAAAGACCUGGCCAUGAGUUUAUUGGGCCUUUGUUUCACUGAAGAUGCCGAUGAUUUGGUGACACUGAAAGAUUACUACUUUGGAAUUAUUGAAAUAUUGGUCAAGUUCCCUUUUGCAGCUGACACCCAAUCUAAACAGAGAAUGUUUUGUUACUUGCAGAUGCGCUUACAGUUCUCUCCUGACAGAGAGAAGCUCACGUUAAAUGACAACGUGUUGCACGUAAACAGGGAAUCACUGUUGACAGACACCCUAAAGUAUCUCAGACAAAACACCCACUCAUUUUAUCAUCCAUUAGAGGUGGUGUUCAUUGGGGAGAAUGGAAUAGAUUGGAGGGGCUUAUCGGCAGAAUUCUUCACCCUCCUUCCCCAGUCUCUUCUCAAAUGGGAGAAAAAGGUGCUGGAAGUCCAAGAGAAUUCAUUGGUUUGGUUCAAUCCUGAUCACACGGAAGAUAAUAAGGAUUUUUACUAUCUUGGCGUUAUCUGUGGAAUGGCGCUGUACAACCAUCAUUACAUGGACAUUAACUUCCCAUUGGCCUUGUUCAAGAAACUGCUCAAGCUGAGUCCCACUCUGAAUGAUCUGGAGGAACUGUCCCCUGUGGAGGCCGGAAGUUUGAAAAACCUUCUUGAGGAGGAUGAGGACGUCGUGGAUAUACUCUUUUUGGAUUUCACAGUCAGAGGGCAAGAGCUCAUUCCAAACGGAGGUCAAAUUCAAGUGAACAAAGUUAAUAGACAGAAGUAUGUAGAUUUGUAUGUCGACUUUGUUUUCAACAAGUCCGUGAAGAAUCAGUUCAAGCAUUUUUCAAGAGGUUUCUCUGAGGGCUGUCCACUUGAUAUCUGGAGCAUGUUCCACCCUGAGGAACUCCAGGAGCUUCUCCAAGGCUCCCCUAAAUAUGAAUGGAAGGAGCUUCAAACGUCGGCUUCCUAUGAAAGCUGUUCUGCCUCUGAUGAGCUUAUCAAGAACUUCUGGACUGUUUUCUUUGAGUUCUCUGAAGAGAAUAAGAAGAAAAUUCUGAUGUUCUUGUAUGGAACGGACCGUGUACCUGUGGGAGGUUUCUCAAAGCGCCCUCUGAAGAUUUGUCAGUCAGAUGGUCCUGAUCCAGAUGACCGUUUACCAGAGGCCCAGACCUGUUUUGGCAGAUUAAUUCUUCCCAAAUACAGCGAUAUUAACACACUUCGCAACAAGCUAGUACAUGCAAUCAACUUUUGUGAGGUGUUUGGAAGAGGGUAACCGUCCCUCGAGGUUCGAAACCUCCAAAGUUCCCAACCCCAACAUACACCAAGUGUGUGUUGAUAAAACUUAUCUUUCUAGCUUAUCUAUUUUUACAUUUUUUAAAUUAUGUGAUUUAACUUUUACUGAGCUUCUUUCUGUCACAAAUUUGAAAAAUAAACACAGCUCAGUCAAUGUAAAUAUUUAUCAUAAAAACUGUAAAUAAUUGUAAAUAAACAAUAUCAGAGCUAUAGAUAUUGUAUUUUUUUACCUAUUAGUAUUUUAGUAUUUUAAAUUACCUUUCAUUGUUUAUGCUUUACAGCUGGUAGAAUAACUGAACUAAGGUAUUUUGUAAUUUGUAUUAUCAUAUUAUAUAGAAUACAUGCAUUAAUGCUCAUAACCUUAUUGUAUGCCUGUUAUUUGUUGGUUCUUCAAACUUAUUUAAAUGCUUAAAUUAAAAAAACAAAAACAAACAUGUUGUAGUAACUGUCACAGGUUUGGUGGCUGUAAAGCCCAGAACACACCAAGCCGAUGCCGACGAACUAGUGGCGACGAAAACAGACCGUAGGGUUGACUCAUGUCGGCAGCGUCUGGGUCCAAAGUUGCCCUGACACACCAAACUAAUGCUCGACAGCCGAUGGCGAAGUAGCACGUCUGUUCUGCACCUGCGUAAGAAGAUAUGACUUUCUGUACCAGCAGGUGGCAGUAGCUGAACAGCCAAUCAGAAUGAUCAGAUGGCCCGACGGACCGACGAGUUCCGAUGUCGAUUCAACAUGUCGAAUCGGCCGAAAAACAGCCAACGAGGACCAACUUCAGCCGACGGUGCGGAACACACUGAGAAUACUUAGUUGGCCGACGAACAAAAACUGCCCGACAGCCGACCGUCGGCUUGGUGUGUUCCGGGCUUAAUAAAACAUACAACGAAGGAGAUCCUUAUGAGACUAUUAAUAUAACUCAAAACACAUACAAGACACUACACAACCACUUUAACUCAAACAGGAUCAAUCCAGUACAGAGGAGAGCUGAUAACUGAAGGCUUAAAGGAUUAGUUCACUUUCAAAUAAAAUAUUCCUGAUAAUUUACUGACCCCCAUGUCA